AUGGCCGAAGGAACUUGGGAGAAGCUGUCCCAGGUCGCUGUCCUGAGCGCUGAAUAUGACUCCCCUGAACGCCAGCCCCAUCCGAAAUGUUUGGAAGGGACCCGAGUGGACCAUCUCAAAUUCAUCCACGGAUUGUUAGACAAGCGAGAUAAGAGUCAAAUCAUUUGGCUGCAUGGCACGGCAGGCGUCGGAAAGUCUGCCGUGGCAUUCACUGUAGCUGAAAGAAUGAAAAAUUUGAAAAUAACACAGAAUACGAAAAUUGAAACAAGGCUCGCGGGGACAUUCUUUUUCUCGCGCAAUUCCACGGAACGCAGCACGACUGGACAUUUCUUUGCGACGCUUGCUUACCAGCUUGCGAGUAAUUUUCCCAGCGUCAGGAACGACGUGAACAGAGCUAUCCGCGAGAAUCCUGCAGUUCUAAAAUCCAGCGAGUCUCUUCGCAACCAGAUGAAGGCGUUAUUUCGCCAACCUCUCUUGCACCUGCAACUCAGUUUACGCGACUGUCCACCUCCGGUCUUUGUCAUCGAUGCCCUCGAUGAA